AAUAGCCGGCCGGGAAAGUUUGGCCGCAGAUUCCCAGCCCCAGGAACUGGACUCCAGGAAGAUCCUCAAACCCAUGAAAGCAAAGCGGAGAGGCCAGCAGGUGACCAUCAUGUCCACUUCGCUGCGCGUGAGCCCGUCCAUCCGCGGCUACUGCUUCGACACGGCCUCCAGGAAGAAAGCGGUGGGCAACAUCUUCGAAAGCACAGACCAGGAGUCCCUCCAGAGGCUCUUUAAAAACUCUGGCGACAAGAAAGCGGAGGAAAGAGCCAAGAUCAUCUUCUCCAUCGAUCAAGACUUGGAGGAGAAAACACGAGCCCUGAUGGCCCUGAAGAAAAGGAGAAGAGACAAACUUUUCCAGUUUCUCAAACUGCGGAAAUAUUCUAUCAAAGUCCACUGAAGACAGGACAAUGGAUAAGACUAUUUAAAGUGCACGUGAGUUUCUGAGACUCUUGACGCACGCCAGCAUUUGUUGUAGCCUUGAAAGUUUCCCUUCCGACAGGACUCCUUACUUCUGAGGCUGUGAAGGAAUGGAACAAACCGGCUGCAGAAACUCCCAUCAAUCUCGAGCCUGGGCUGGACAGAGGAGAACAAAAUGCUUUCUGCAAGGAUCUGAAAUUUUUUCCUGUGGGAAAGGACUAAUGCUGCUGUCAGGAGGAGUUUGGACAGAUAAUGAGAAAUGCAGCUGAAGGUGACAGAUGGCUGGGGGGAAAUGCAGCAAGCUCCCCUUGCAGCCCCUUCGGACUGAAAUUCAACCUGAAUUUCUGUGCUCUGUUUUUAACUCCACUGGGUAGUGAGUAGAGAGAGGGUGGAGUACAGAGAAAGAGGAUACCACGCUUAAAUUGUUUACUGAUUUUUUUUAUUUGAAUGUUCAAAAUUUUGCCAAACUUUAAUGUUGUUUAUUGGUAGAGGUUUUUAGAAAUCAGAAAUUAUUUAUUUUCACUUCUGAUAGCACCUGGAAAAGUGCAUAUAGGAAUAAGUGCACAUCUGUGGACUUGCAAUAACUUCAGCUCAGUAAAACUGAACUUUCAUCUUCUGGCUUUCAAAGGGUGUUUAUGCAUUUCAAACUGGUUGCACAACAUUUAAAAUAAUGAGACCAUAUAUAUAUGUCCAUAUAUAUCUGAAGUACUGUGUACUGUGAAAAAAAUUUAUAAUUUUUAAAUUUUUCCAACUAAUGCUAAGAUAUAGUCAAAUUAUCUCUCUUGGUUACCGUGACAGCAUUAGAAGUAAUAAAAUACACUAAGUAGCUUAUAAAGAUGCUUUGGUUUUUCUAUAAUUUAAUAUACAUGAUAAGUGGUAUGCAAACAUAAUAAAUUAUUGUACAAUUAGUUGUUCUUGGCCUGUGAUAAUUAAUCUCAAAAGAAAAAAUUAUACAACUGGGUAUUUUUUCUAAACUUUUGUAAAAUAUCGUUAAUUUUCUAAAAAUUUACUUUAAGAAUAAAAGGUAAUUUUAGAGUAAUGUGAUGUUAAUUUACA